GGACUGGCCAAGUGAGCCCAGAAAGAGAUUAGUGAGGGCCAUGAACUCUGUAGGGAAAGAAGGAGGACCUUGUUGAGCCUCUCCUGCGUCUACAGAGGUCUGUGGUUUCUUGAAACACAGGAAACAACAAUACUCAGGGAGGAGACUCCCAUAAUGGAAACUUUGUCAUUCCCCAGAUACAAUGUAGCUGAGCUUGUGGUUCAUAUUCGCAAUAAAUUAUUAACAGGAGCAGAUGGCAAAAACCUCUCGAAGAGCGAUUUUGUUCCAAAUCCGAAGUCUGACGUCUUGUACAUGAUUUACAUGAAAGCCUUACAGUUAGUGUAUGGAGUCCGGCUGGAGCACUUCUACAUGAUGCCGAUGAACAUAGAAGUCACAUAUCCACAUUUAAUGGAGGGCUUCUUACCAGUCAGAAGUUUGUUCUUUUACAUGGAUUCCUUUAUGCCCAUUUGCCGGGUGAAUGACUUUGAGAUUGUCGACAUUCUUAAUCCAAGAACAAACCGGACAAGUCGUUUUUUAAGUGGCAUUAUCAACUUUAUUCACUUCAGAGAAACAUGCCUGGAGAAGUGUGAAGAAUUUCUUUUGCAAAACAAAUCCUCUAUGGUCAGAAUGCAGCAGUUAAGCAAUGUGCACCAGGAAGCUUUGAUGAAACUGGAAAAACUCAAUACAGUUCCGGCUGAAGAGCAAGAGGAGUUCAAGCAGUUCAUGGAUGACAUUCAGGAGCUGCAGCACCUGCUGAAUGAAGAGUUUAGACAGAAAACGACACUGCUGCAGGAGGAAUAUGCCAAAAUGAAAUCAGAUAUUUCAGAGAAAACCAAGCAUUUAAAUGAACAAAAGUUGUCAUUAGUUUCUUUGAAAGAAGUUGAAGACAAUUUGAAAAGCAAAGUUGUGGACUCUCCAGAGAAGCUGAAGAACUAUAAAGACAAGAUGAAAGGCACCGUCCAGAAGCUCCGCAGUGCCAGGGAAAAAGUGAUGGAGCAGUAUGAUAUCUAUAGAGAUUCUGUGGAUUGCUUGCCUUCCUGUCAGCUGGAGGUGCAGUUAUAUCAAAAGAAAUCGCAGGACCUUGCAGAUAAUAGGGAGAAACUAAGCAGUCUCUUAAAGGAGAGCUUGAACUUGGAGGACCAGAUUGAAAGUGAUUCAUCGGAACUAAAGAAACUGAAGACUGAAGAAAAUUCUCUCAUAAGAAUGAUGACUGUAAAGAAGGAGAAGCUUGCCACGGCACGAUUCAAAAUCAACAAGAAGCAGGAGGAUGUGAAACAUUACAAGCAGGCCAUGAUUGAAGACUGCAAUAAAGUUCAAGAAAAGAGAGAUGCUGUCUGUGAGCAAGUAACCACCGUUAAUCAAGAAAUCCACAAGAUUAAAUCUGCGAUUCAACAACUGAGAGAUACCAAGAAAAGGGAGAUAUUGAAGUCUCAGGAGAUCUUUGUAAACUUGAAAAGUGCUCUGGAGAAGUACCAUGAAGGCAUCGAGAAGGUAGCAGAGGAGCGCAGCGCUAAAAUAGAGGAGAAGGCUGCCGAGCUGAAGAAGAGGAUGGUCCGAAUGGUCUGAACAACAACAGCCCUCCUGUAAACGGCCUGCUGCCUUUCUGCUUCUGUUUGCCAUAGUUAUAUUGAAGCUAAUGGAAGUACCUGCAAUAUCAGCUCACUAACACGGGUACCACUGGUUCUUGUUUCUCUUUGGUGUCCUUUUCUAUGGCGGUGUGCUUCCUAUGUGCCUCCAGACCUGUCCCUGAGUUGAAAAUAUUCCAAUGGCCAUUCAUAUUAGUUCUAUUACAAGACUGGAAGAGCUUAGAUCCUUUCUACCCAGGCCAACGACUACAGCUGAUACAGCUGAGAUAAACUAUGAUGGGGAUACAACUCAGGGCCUUGCAUACUACACUGACUUGCUUUCCCAGGCUCCAACAUGCCAUGUAUUGUAUAGACUUUUACUACAAUUCAAAUAAUGUGUACAGCUUUUAUGUCCCUACUCUCUCUCUUUUUCUAUGUACUGGUUGGAAUAAAUAGAUACUGAACUCUGUGAGUUUUACUACUGUUAUCCAGGAUGUUGUUUCUUCGACGUUGGAGUCCCACACUCUUGAGCCUGACUGUGCCCUACGCAUUUUAAUUACAUGCUCAUUUGAUGCUCGCUCAUUCAGCCUUCCCUACAUAUCUGAUUGCUGUUGUUUAGGUAGAGAAUUAUGAUGAUCUCUGAAGACUUAUUAGCAAAAAUUUGAACUGCCACAAAAAUUGAAGAUGUUCCAACUGGUAAGAAGGACACAUGCUCCACUAUGUUCAUAGCAGCCUUAUUUAUAAUAGCCAGAAGCUGGAAAUAACCUAGAUGUUCCUCAACAGAGGAAUGGAUACAGAAAAUGUGGUACAUUUACACAAUGGAGUACUACCCAGCUAUUAAAAACAAUGAAUUUAUG